UUUAUUUUUCCUGGAAAAUCCUCAUUUUCACCAUCCUUUUAAAGAGCCCCUAGCUUUUCUUCAACCCAGCUCCUCAGCUGACCCCUUUUCCGUGAUCGCACAUGUAGGUGAUUAGAUUUUUCUAGAAUGCCAUGCAGGGGUGUUGACACCUGCAAAAGUUAUAUAUGUACAUGCGUGCACAUCCCACAGACCAAGACUACUUCUGGGAGUGAGAAGUCGCAGUAAUAAUGCACAGCAAGAGAGAAGCAGUGUCUAGGAAUCAGACCAUGGAGAUCUGAAUACAGACAGUGGCUAGAGAGCUGCAGAGACCAGAUGGGUUCUGAAGUCUCUGAGCCAUGGGAAAGUGUGUGUUCCGGGACCAGCAUCGGAUGCUGACUAUUCACUCAAAGAAAUCCAGGCCUGGGGGCUGGGCCCUGUGCUCACUGAUGGGGACUUGGUAGUUGUGUCCCCUCUGGCCUGGCAGAGAUCCCUGAGCAGGGAGCUGUGUAUGGUCUCAACAGGUGCUUUUCCCAGGGCCUUGCAAGAAGAAAAGCAAACCUUCCUCCUGCUCAGUCUGCAGAGCCAGCUGAGCUGCAUCCCCAGGGCUCAGGGAGGGGCUGGGCAGUCCCUGGGUAGAAACAUAUUUGCAUGAGCAGCCCCUCCUCUGCAGAGGGUGGGAAGAAAAGGAGGCCUGGGGCAGCCCAGCCCCACUGCGGGGAAAGAGGCUGUGUCCACCAUGGCCUGGACUCCUCUCCUCCUCCUGCUCCUCUCUCACUGUACAGGUUCCCUGUCACAGCCUGUGCUGACUCAGCCAACCUCCCUCUCAGCAUCUCCUGGAGCAUCAGUCAGACUCACCUGCACCUUGCGCAGUGGCAUCAGUGUUGGUGGCUACAAUAUACACUGGUACCAGCAGAAGCCAGGGAGUCCUCCCCGGUAUCUACUGUACUACUACUCAGACUCAAAUAAGGGCCAGGGCUCUGGAGUCCCCAGCCGCUUCUCUGGAUCCAAAGAUGCUUCGGCCAAUGCAGGGAUUUUACUCAUCUCUGGGUUCCAGUCUGAGGAUGAGGCUGACUAUUACUGUACGACUUGGCACAACAAUGCUUCUCACAGUGACACACACAGAUGGGGAAGUGGGACAAAAACCUCACCCUGGGCUCAGGGCGGAGUCAAAAACCUGGGAGGUCUGAUUUGCAUGGAUGGACUCUCCCCCUUUCAGAGAAUGAAGACAGGGAGAGAUUUGGGGGAAGCUCAGCUUCAGCUGUGGCUAGAGAAGACAGGACUCAGGACAAUCUCCAGCAUGACCUGCUUCCCUCUCGUCCUCACCCUCCUCACUCACUGUGCAGGAUCCUGGGCCCAGUCUGUGCUGACUCAACCACCCUCAGCGUCUGGGGCCCCCGGGCAGAGUGUCACCAUCUCUUGUUCUGGAAGCAGCUCCAACAUUGGAAGUAAUUAUGUAUCCUGGUACCAGCAGCUCUCAGGAAAGGCCCCCAAACUCCUCAUCUAUAAAAAUAGUCAGCGACCCUCAGGGGUCCCUGACCGAUUCUCUGGCUCCAAGUCAGGCACGUCAGCCUCCCUGACCAUCAGUGGGCUCCGGUCCGAGGAUGAGGCUGAUUAUUACUGCGCAGCAUGGGAUGACAGCCUGAACGGUCCCACAGUGCUCCAGGCGCAGUAGGAAGUGAGACAAUAACCCCCUUCCUCCUCUGCCUGAAGGGUGAGCUCUGGCAGCUGCUGCUCAGGGCUGACCUGUGGCUUCUGCUGCUGUAGCUUCCCCCAUGGGU